CCAUACCUCACACCAGUUAACGUCGUUGAAGCUUAGAAUGUGAAGUAGUUUUUUUCAGGUGCCUGUGCUUUUAAGUAGACUACUCCUUGUCUAGUCUCUCAGACAGUGAAGACUUCUCAGAAAAUACUAUACUUUCACAUUCGUCUAUCUUACCUGUAAAUUAAACUGGUAAAAGAUGUCUGCGAAAGCAAUUCGUGAAGCAACUGGAAAAGACCUCAUUAAUCGCAAACUUCCUCUUGGUACAAAUGCAGUUAAAUGUCGAUUUGUGGCCAUCACAGAGCAGACAAAUUGGGCAGAUGUUGUAAACACCAAUCCGUGGCUUCUAACUGAAAAGUUGGUUGUAAAGCCUGAUCAGUUAAUCAAGCGUCGUGGAAAACUUGGCCUAAUUAAAGUGAACGCAGAUUUGGCUACAGUGAAACAAUGGAUAGCUGAGAGAAUAAAUAAGGACCAGCUAAUAGGAAAAACAACAGGAAAAUUAAGAACAUUUAUCAUUGAACCAUUUGUUCCUCAUAAACAGGAAGAAGAAGCUUACGUUUGUAUCUAUUCACACCGGAAAGCUGAUACUAUUUUAUUUCAUCAUGAAGGGGGCGUUGAUAUUGGAGAUGUUGAUGCAAAAGCUUUAAAACUAGAAGUAUCUGUUGGAGAAAAAGCACCAGAUCAAUCUGUGCUGAUGGAAAAAUUAUUAGUACAUGUGGCAAAUGACAAAAAGGAAACAAUUGCUAAGUUUAUUGAGUCUCUCUAUAAACUUUACGUUAAUUUAUAUUUCACUUACUUGGAGAUAAAUCCAUUGGUGGUGACAGACAAUGGAAUUUAUAUACUUGACCUUGCUGCUAAAUUGGAUACAACUGCGGACUUCAUAUGUAGACCAGACUGGGGAGAAAUUGAUUAUCCACCACCAUUUGGACGGGAUGCGUAUCCAGAAGAGGCCUACAUCGCUGACUUGGAUGCUAAAUCUGGGGCUAGCUUGAAGUUGACUCUUCUUAAUCCAGCUGGUCGGAUAUGGACUAUGGUUGCUGGCGGUGGUGCAUCUGUAAUAUAUUCAGAUACGAUUUGUGACUUGGGCGCCACAAACGAACUAGCAAAUUAUGGUGAAUACUCUGGUGCACCCAGUGAACAGCAAACUUAUGACUACGCGAAAACGAUUUUGAGCUUAAUGACGAAAGAAAAACGAGAAGAGGGAAAGGUAUUAAUCAUUGGCGGAGGUAUUGCUAAUUUCACGAAUGUAGCUGCAACUUUUAAGGGUAUUGUAAAGGCACUACAAGAGUAUCAGCCAAAACUUGUAGAACACAAAAUACAAAUAUUUGUAAGAAGAGCAGGCCCAAAUUAUCAAGAAGGUUUAAGAAUUAUCCGCGAAGUUGGUAGAAGACUCGGUAUCCCUGUUUAUGUAUUCGGCCCGGAAACCCACAUGACGGCUAUAUGUGCAAUGGCUUUAGGUAAAAAGCCGAUUCCAGAUCCUGAAGCUCAAGAAUUUUCCACCGCAAACUUUUUAUUGCCUUCGGGACAAGACGUGGGUCCUGCAGCACCUUCAAAAAGUGCAUCUUGCUCGCCUACCAAACAACCUAAAUUAAAAACAAGCGACUCUGUUGAUGGAUCGUCAAAAAAGCAGCUUUUCAGUAAUAAAACCAGAGCUAUUAUCUGGGGAAUGCAAACUAGAGCAGUGCAAAGUAUGCUAGACUUUGACUUCGUAUGUCGCAGAUCUGAACCAUCUGUUGCUGCUAUUGUAUACCCUUUCACUGGUGAUCACAAACAAAAGUUUUACUGGGGUCAUAAAGAGAUACUCAUCCCUGUUUACAAACAAAUGAAGGAUGCUACGACUAAACAUACAGAUGCAGAUGUUAUGGUUACAUUUGCAUCCUUAAGAUCUGCUUACGAAAGCACAGUUGAAGCGCUGCAGUUCCCUCAAAUUCGAACGAUUGCUAUUAUUGCCGAAGGCAUACCCGAAAAUAUGACGAGAAAACUAAUUCUAAUGGCACAAGAAAGAGGUGUUACGAUUAUUGGUCCAGCUACUGUUGGAGGUCUUAAACCGGGCUGUUUCAAGAUUGGUAAUACUGGCGGAAUGAUGGACAAUAUUCUUCACAGUAAACUUUAUAGGCCUGGCAGCGUUGCAUAUGUUUCUCGUUCUGGUGGUAUGUCGAAUGAAUUAAACAAUAUAAUUUCCAAGGCUUCCAAUGGAGUGUUGGAAGGUGUUGCGAUUGGAGGAGAUCGUUAUCCAGGAACUACGUUUAUGGAUCACAUAAUGCGCUAUCAAGAAAAUCCCGAAGUAAAGCUCAUAGUUCUUCUUGGCGAAGUAGGUGGUGUGGAGGAAUACGAAGUGUGCCAAGCAUUGAAAUCAAAGAAGAUUACAAAGCCAUUGAUUGCUUGGUGCAUUGGUACCUGUGCCAGUAUGUUCAAUUCUGAAGUACAAUUUGGUCACGCUGGAUCAAUCGCCCACAGUAAUUUGGAAACAGCUUCUUCCAAGAACGCUGCGUUGAAAGCUGCUGGUGCCUACGUUCCCGAUAGUUUUGACACUCUUGGAGAUCUGAUGCAGCACGUUUAUGAAAAACUCGUAAAGGAAGGAACGAUCGUUCCAGAACCUGAAGUUCCACCACCGACCGUUCCUAUGGAUUACAGUUGGGCUAGGGAACUCGGUUUAAUACGGAAACCAGCUUCAUUCAUGACAUCAAUAUGCGACGAACGUGGUCAAGAAUUAUUGUAUGCUGGAAUGCCUGUCACCGAAGUUUUUAAACAAAAUGUAGGCAUUGGUGGUGUAGUCUCAUUGUUGUGGUUUCAACGAUGUCUGCCGAUCUUGUAUUGUAAAUUCCUUGAGAUGUCUUUAAUGUUAACGGCUGAUCACGGCCCCGCCGUGUCAGGAGCCCAUAACACUAUUGUCUGUGCAAGAGCUGGUAAAGAUUUAGUUAGCUCUUUGGUAUCUGGCCUUUUAACUAUAGGUGAUCGUUUCGGCGGAGCAUUAGAUGGAGCGGCUCGUAUGUUUUCUGAAGCCUACGAUGCUGGGUUACAUCCACAAGAGUUUGUGAAUAAUACGCGUAAAAAAGGCAAACUGAUCAUGGGUAUUGGUCACCGUAUCAAAUCCAUAAACAAUCCAGAUAUGCGUGUAAAGCUUAUUAAAGAAUUCGUAAUGGAGAAUUUCCCUGCUAAACCGUUGGUUGAAUAUGCAUUAGAAGUCGAAAAGAUAACUACAAGUAAGAAGCCUAAUUUAAUUCUUAACGUGGAUGGCAUUAUUGCUUGUGCUUUUGUGGACAUGCUGAGGAAAAGUGGGAGUUUCACUAGAGAAGAAGCGCAGGAAUACAUCGAAAUUGGUGCUAUAAAUAGUUUAUUUGUUCUUGGUAGGAGUAUAGGUUUCAUUGGUCAUUACAUGGAUCAAAAGAGAUUGAAACAAGGCCUGUACCGACAUCCUUGGGAUGACAUUUCCUAUGUAUUGCCGGAGCAAUAUAAUUGAAUUCAUUUUCCAUUUGCAUUGUCUGUCGUAAACGCAUAAUAAAUGUUACGAAUUCAUUUAAAGUUUAGAUAGUUCUAAUGGUCAUAUCAUACGUGCUUGCUCAUAGCCGUAAAGGAUAGAUAAAUUUUUAGAACAGAUGUUUGAGUUAUCGUAUGAACACUAUAAAUGUAUUCACCGUCUUGGAUCGAAGUUAUAUUCGAUGAAACCGCGGUUCAAAGGUUCUAUGCCGACAGUAAUUUAUAAAAAAAUGAAAUACACGUUAAAUAGCAAAAGUUAUUCGUAUAAUUAAAGGAAACAUUCCGUAAAGCAUUUUUGAUUGAAUCAAAAAGGGGGACGCAAAUCGGAAAGAUUCUACAAUUAAUUGCAAACUAAUGUGCAGUACUAAUAUAUUAGUCUUUAUAGGCGUAAUUUAUCUAAGAUAGCACAAAAUAUAUUCUAUUCCGAUUAUUGAAAAUAUAAAUACUAUUUUAUUUCAAAAGCUUUCUGUUAGAUACAUUUAGUCAUGUACCAGUUAUGCAUGCAUGCAUACUGGUACAUAUGUGUGUAUACAAAAUGUGCUAAUACGUACAUAUUAUAUAUGUGUAUAUGCUACAACAAUUUUUUGCACAAAGUAGUUUAUGAUUUACGUCUGAAGUAUGCAAAAUAAUAAAAUAUGUCUAAUAUUUAA